UGUCGAUUUCGGUCGUAUGUUUAAUACGCGGAAAAUCGCGUUGUCAAUAAAUUUUCGAUCGGCGACCAUGUGGACAUCCACGGUGUCUGUGACCCGUUAUUGCUUUCUGUUGGCUGUGGUCCAAGGGAUCGCCGCGGCCGGUUCGGAAUCCGCGUCGCCGGCCCGGGCCGCCGUGCAGGGCACGCCGCAAACGGACGACGACCGGUUGCCUCGAGACACGGAACCGCUAGCCUACGGUCUGCGAUUGGUGCCCAGCUACGACAAACCGUCGGACCAGUAUCAGUUCGGCGGGCAGGUGGAGAUCCUGAUCAAGGUGAACGAAAUCACGCCCAACGUGACGCUCAACGCUCGUGACAUGGUCAUCAAGAGCGUGGCCGUCACCGAGUACAGCACGCAGACCGACCUGGAGAUGGACGCGUUCGUCAUGGUGCCGGACGAGGAACGGCUGGUGAUCAGCACGACCAAGAACCUGUUGGCUGGACGUCGGUACCAGGUCAAGAUCGUGUUCCAGGGAAUGUUGAGGACCGACAUGACGGGAUUUUACCGGAGCGUGUACAAGGAACGCAACAAUACCAUGUACGGAACCUGUGACUUUUCUUCCGUGAAUAUAAAAGUUAUCACCUAUUAUUCGUCUUUACCGUUUGAUAAUAAUAAUGAAGCGUGUUGUCCUCAGUUGCCCUCGAAAGAACCUUUUUUUCUAUACCCGUGGUUCUCAACCUUUUUUUCUUUUACGCCAAGGGAUGGCCCUUGUACAUUUUCAAAAAUCUCGCACUCUCUUAAUUUGUUUUAGUAAGCCGUGCAAGCAAAUUUUACAAAAUAACUACGUAUUAUACAAAUUAUACAAAUUAUACAUUAUACAAAUGAAAUUAAUUUAUUGCGCUAUUUUUUAUACGACGAAAGCAAUCGGUAUAUUUGUAUUUAAUGCCGAAAACGGCCGCCGAGGGUAUCUGGUCGACACCCACAAUCCGAUAUCGUGUAAGGGAUGCGACAUCUGUGCAUUUUAAAAAGGUUUUGCGGGCCACUCGUAGAUUUUGCGUUACGUUUGAACAUCAUUUAUAGUAAUAAUCGUAACAAUAUCGGCAGUCAAUUAUCCCCGGCUAUAUUCCGAUUUUUCCCUGGGUUUUGUCGAGUGUCUGUUUCGGAAUGAUUUUCGACCGCGACCAUGUUCACAGGUGGAUGGCCGUGACGAACUUUAAGCCCACGUUCGCCAGAAGAGCGUUUCCGUGUUACGACGAGCCCACGUACAAGACGCCGUUCAACAUAUCGUUGGGCAGGCAACCGUAUCAAAUGUCCUUGUCCAACAUGCCGCUGUACAUGUCUCAAAGGCUGUAAGUAUAGACUCUGACAUCGCGUGAGUGUCGUCUCUUAGUAAUAUUUCGGUUAAAUUUAUUGAGGUUUUUUUUUUUUUUAAUUAUUAUUAUUCUACGGUUGUAUCUGGUGUCUUUAGAUAGAUAAUAGAAACGAAAACGAGUUGACGCGUUAUGCGUAUUUAUAGCCAAAAAACUAAUUACGAAACCGUAAUGUUUUCGAGUAUUAAUAAGAAAUCGAAAAUCGUAAUCGAUUCCUAUUUAAAUUAUAAUAAUCAUUCGUAACAAAUUUCAAGAAAUCUGACUUUUAUCGACGAAUAUUUCCCAGUGUAUUAAUUAUUCGCAAUAUUUGUAUGUAAAUUAUUUUUUUUUCACACCAAUAAUAUCGUGCUGAUAAGGUAUUCGACUUAUUUACUUUAAACUCGAAUUUUUCGCGCAGUUAUUAUUCUAAGAGUGAAAAUCUUUUUCGAAUUUUUUUUUAGCAACGAUAUAAUAUAUUUUAAACUCUGGGAGAAGCGUUUGUUUGCAUUCGAUCUCGAAAAUGUAAAUUAAUCAUAUGUCUAUACUACACCGGUAGCUGAUUAUUCCACUACUUGACAUUAUUAUUAUCUAUACAAUUUGGGAAUGUAUACAAUUUGUUUUUCUCGCAACUCAUAUUCUACAGAAUGACUAACGCGGAGUCCCGUCACGUCCGAAAACAAAGAAAUAGAAAUGAUAAAAGCCGGACAUAUAUUUAUCACACCAUGGGUGGUAUAUAGGUACCACCGUUGUAGGCAAAAUGUUUGGAAAGCGUAUUAUAGUGUACAGGGUAAUUUAGUUUAUCUGUUGAAGGUAACGACAAUUCAUUUUAAUCACAAAAACUAUUCUGAUCGAAACUUUAAGUCUUUCUUACUUUAUUUGUAGAAAUAUUAAUCCAGAAAUCAACGAAUAUAAUACCGAUGUAUCGUCAUUUGAUAUCGGGUUUUUAAAUGUUUUAGUACAACAGUUGAGAUUCAAUAUUUUAAAUAAACGGGCAAAAUAUCCUCAUAUUUGUAAGUUAUUACUUGAAAUAAUCGGAAAAGUUUACUUGUCAAAAGUGUUUCGCACAAAUUUCAAAUAUUUGAAAAUUAUUUAACAAUAUUAUAGGUUUUGACAAAAACCGUGAAAUCAUAUUAAACAUCAGAUUUCUAAAUUUUUUGGAAUCGAUUUUAAUAAAUCAUCAUCAUAACAUAAUGCACAUUAACUACAUUUAUAAAAACAUGAUAACGAUUUUUAAAAAAAAUAACAAAAAUGUUAUUGUGCCGAAUCAACUGAAUAGGUACCGUGACGUUCUCCGACCGAUUUAUAAACGACAUAUUGGUUGAGUUUAUCCAAAAAAUAAAAGAAAAAAAAAAUGAAUGUAAAGAAAAUUAUUUUGAUUUUUACAGCGAGUACUACGGUUGGUGGUUAGACAGUUUCGAAACGACACCGCCGAUACCUACUUAUUUGGUGGGAGGUUUCGUCGGCGUAUUGAAAAAAUCGGAACACUCUAAAGAGACCAACGUGAACGUUUACGGGAGUGGCGAUCACUUGAACCAAACCGGGUACGCGAUGGAAGAAGCGCCGACGUUAUUCCAGACUAUGGAUAAUUACACGACUAUCCCGGACGGCAUCGUGAAAAUGGACUUUGUCGGGAUACCCGAAAUCGACGGCGAAGGCUUGGAGAUCUGGGGAAUGAACCUUUACCGGUAAACGCCGUUUGUAAUACUAUUAUAGUUGGUAUGUAUCAAUCCGAACAGAAUUCUAAUCCGAAAACGGCGCACUACAGGGAAAAGUAUUUGUUCAUCGAGGACGAUUCGAAAACGAAAUUCAAAGAGUUGUCGACCAUGGUCAUGCAGCAACUGCAGAGCAACCAGUGGUUCGGCAAUUUGGUGACUUGCUCGUGGUGGAAUUACCCGUGGUUGAACGAGGGAUUCGCCAGAUAUUUCCGGUACUACGCUACGGAAACUGUGGGUAUUCUUCGGAUUAAAAUAAUAACGACAACACCAUCAACAAUAAGUUGCUUAUCCGCCGGUGGCGUUUCAGGUGAAAUCCGAUUGGCGGUUGGAAGAAAUGUUUGUGGUCGAACAGCAUCAGACCGCACUGGCAUUCGAUCAGGUGCCCAGACACUCGAUGACCGCGUCCGUAAAAUCCACGGAUGACAUCCAGAGUCUGUUUGAUCAUAUAACGUACAACAAAGCCGCGGCCGUUUUGCGAAUGAUCCGGAACACGGUGUCCGAAAAUAAUUUCCACGAGCCCCUCAAGUUGUAUUUGAAAAAUUACAGGUGAGCUUAUCCCGCCAACUGCAAAACGUGAUUUCAAUACUUACCAGUGCUUGAGCUGGAACAAUUAAAGAAUAUGUACUAUGAGAGUUAAAAACGUUUAGUGACUUUUAUAGUUAUUGAAAACAGCCAUGGGGGCCACAUUUCAAACAUAAUUUAAUAAUUAUAGUAAUUUAGAAAAAAAAAACAUGCUCAUAUAUUUAAACUUAUAAUAUCAAUACUUCUGCGGGUUACGUCAUUGCUCGAAGGUAUGUGUAUUUAUUUUAUGUAUGUAUCGCCAUUGAUGAUACUAUAAUAUAGGUAUUUAAUUUUUUAUAAAAUUAUUUCUUAUUUCCGUAAAAAAAAAAUACGGUGUUUAGAUUUUAGUUAAAUUACAUUAAUUUAUAAUCAUACAAGGCACAUGACAAAUAUGCAGAAAAUGAUAAUUGAUUCAAUAGUUUGAGACAGAACGAUAAUAUUUACAACAUUUUAUGAGUUGAUAAUAAAUGUUGUUUGAAAAUAUUAUUGUUUGCAAAAAGAAAAGUUCAUAAUUAAAUAAUUACUAAGGGGAUGCUAAAAAAACAAAAAUUGUACAUUAAGUCUCGCACCCCCGAUUCGAGAACUGAUUUUUAACAUACAAUAUUGUUAAUAUUUAUUAUUAUUUUGCCGCUCGUUUACAGAAACGCCGCGACAAGUCCGAGCAUAUUGUGGUCAGUGUUCGAAAACUUUUAUUUUGACAUCAAAUUUCAGUUGCAAGAAGACGUAUCAUUCACCGAUUUUGUGCACACGUGGACCGACCAGUCGGGCUAUCCCGUAAUAAAUGUUACUUGGAAAAACAGCAUGUACACGGUUACCCAGGUAUGCAGAGUGAUUUUAUAUACCAACAAUUUUCGAACUAACAAUUUCCACGGGUGUUUUUAAGUGAAUUUGAUUCUGUUUCUUUUUAACGAUUGUGGAAUCGUUUAAACUUUAUUUUACAAAUAGAUGCGCAAUUUAUUACUCUUUCCAAUUCUCCCAGUCUAAACAUUAAACUGUCAUAAUUCAUCAGCUAUAAACCUGAUAUUAAUGUUACACAUCAAAGUUUCUAAAAAAAUAUUCUUUAAUCCAAUCAAUAAGGGGGUUCCUAUUUGAAAAACACAAGUAUGUAGUUAUUUAUGGUAUAUGGAGUAGGCGUAAACAAUUAUAAAUGGUUGUAAAAUGAAGUUUAACCGAUUCCACAAUGGUUGAAAAAAAAGUCACCCUGUAUUAUUCGCGCGAGAAUUAAUACAAAAUUACAAUAUAAUAUGGUCGAUUAUCUUAAUAUGGCUCUACGAAAAGUAGUUCGAUAAAUUAUUUCCAUUUCCAUUUCUCAUGUUCAAAAGCCAGAUGUCAAUCAAUUACCUACAAAUAUAAAUUAUACAUUGUACAUAUUGCAAAAUCAAAGCACGUUAUAGAUUCUAAGUAUGUCAAAAAAGCUAUCCGUUUUACAAAGAUGCGUUUUAUUUGCUCGACAAAUACUUUUCUGGUUAAUGUAAAUUCGCCGAUGUUUGUACGUCAUAUCUUAAAUAUUUAGGAUUUUUCGCUUGCAGGCAGUUCUAUAAUAUUCGAACGAUUUUUCGAAAUUCCCGAAACUUUUUCGUUUAAUUUUUCCAAUUUUAUCUUAUAGUCAUUUAAAUGAUGCGGAAUUUCUGACGAUAACACUUUACUAGAAAAUUUUAUUACAAUUUUCAACGUUUUGCCCCAAUUGUCACUUUCUUUUGUUUUUCGAAUUUUGCUGAUUUCUGGAUUACCUUGACGGCUCGACCACAAGGGGAAACCACGAUUCGCUUCAGAAUCGUUUGCUUUGUUUGCAAUGAUUCAGCAUAUACAGUAUUAUAAACUAUCCUCUAUAUCUUACCUUUUCGACUAUCCACGUACAACUGCAGCUGUCUAGUGUCUACCCGCGUGCAGUAUCAAUCUAUUACUAUUAUUAUUAUUAUUAUUAUUAUAAUAAUUUUUUUUGUAGCAACGAUUUUCUGUUUGGCCAUCCAACGACAACACCACCAAAUGGUAUUUCGGCGUCACUUACACCAACAAUACGACUAGAAAUUUCAAUAAUCUCAAUCCGGUCCGAUGGAUGAAACCCACGCUGUCAGCCAUAUACAUACGCGAUCCGAACCCGACCGCCUGGUUUAUAUUCAAUUUACAAUCGUCCGGUACUUAUGUUUAUAACAAUUAUUUUUUCCGGACGUGAUUUAAAUGUUGUUCCUUUUGUUAUUUUGAUAAAAUAUAGGUUUUUACAGAGUGAAUUACGACUCGGACAACUGGAAGCACAUCGUACAACAGUUGAACGUCUCGUACGAGGCUAUUCCCGUUCUAAACCGGGCUCAACUGAUCGACGACUCGUUCAAUCUCGCCCGGGCCUCGAUGUUAGAAUAUUCUACGGCCUUAGACCUGUCCAUGUAUUUGAAAAACGAAGAAGACCAAAUACCAUGGUACACGGCUAUAAACUGUUUGACUUACGUGGUCGAGCGGAUGCGCCGCAGCCCAUACGGUUACGAUUACAUAAAGGUGCCUAGAUAAUAUUAAUGCUAUAUUUUGUUAUACACACGUAUAGGCUCUCUGGUUUCUGCAUUGAAUAAAUGUUACGUAGGUAGCAAAAAAAGCGAUGCGAUUAGCCGUUCCCCAAUGAUAUAAUAUUAUAUUUUUAAAGUGAAUCGUGUUACCUUCGUUCGUAAACAACGAAUAAGAAACCGCAAGGAGAUUCGCUAGUGUAAUUAUUAAAAAAAAAAAAAAAAAACAACAACAACAACUGUUUACUGAUUAGUUUAUCGUAGUGAUCAAUGUGAUGUGGGAUGUAUGGAAGACAAAUAUAUUUUAAGUUGAUUAAAGCGUUCGCGGUCCGGUAAAAUAUUAAAAUUGUAUUACUAUUGCAAUGUCCGUUGUUAAGGUCUUAAAUUCAUUGCAUUACAAACGCAAUCAAAAAUAUUUUACGUCGCUGGAUUAGAAACAAAUUAUGUCCAUCUAUUAUGUAAUCUAAUCGUUUAAACGAUUAGAUAGUGGACGAAAUUGUACUUCAAUGUUAUUAUCAUCGGAUGAGAAGUGGAUAUUGCUGAGGUUUUGAAAGCAUGUAGAAUGGACAGAGACACGCGCAGAUUGAGGACAAGUGUAUAACAUAUAUAUAUAAUCCCAUUUGAGGGGGAUAAAGCCGAAGGAGAGACGAUUCUUGUAUUCCUGCGUAUUGUCUGUAUCCCUCAAGCGUGUAUUUUUGCGUUUCAGUCGUACGUUCGCGAUUUGGCCACGUUGAUAUAUCAGAAAACGGAAGAUUCGGUUUUGAAGCGUGGCGUCCAAGAUCACGUAACUCUGGCGAGCUGGAAUAAGUUUUCGGUGUGGGCGUGCUCGUUGGACAGUAAAGUGUGCACGGAAAACGCAUUAAAAAAUUUCUACUUAUGGUCGACGGGGACCAAGUAAUGACUAGAUGACUGGCUCGUACAUUUAGUGGCGUGCUUUACACAGUAAGUUAAUGUUUUUAUUUCAGGAUAUCGCCAGACAUCAAAGACGCCGUCCUGUGUACCGGUAUCAGAUCGAAAAACAGUACGGAAUCUUGGAUGGCUAUGUUUAAUUUGUACGUGAACACCCAAUCGGGUUCCGAAAAGGACUCGGCCCAAACAGCGUUGACCUGUACGCCGAACACUGUGUUGUUGUACCAGUACGUGAUAAAUAACAUAGCAUGACUACUAUAUGGAUGAGAAGUUAUAUAAAUCGUAUUUUUUUUUGUGUUUAAUUAAUUACAACCGUAAUAGGUGAGCUAAACAAUUUGUUCUGGAUAAUGAGCUAAUAGUAUGCGAUUUUAGAUUCUGAGUAGAACGAAAGAAGCGUGUAGUUUUAUAAAGAUGUUUAUUGCUUUAUUUAUUUAUAUUUUUAUCUAUGCACAACUUUUCUACCAGAAAUCUAACUUCGAUAUGUACCUUUUCUGAAAAGAACUCGAUUUGAGAUAAAUAUGAAAAAACGGGAAUAAUCAUGGGCAAAAUGUAAAAAAAAAAAAGAAACGGGAAAAAUGGUACAACAUUGAACAAAUAUUUACUAAAGAAAAUUUAUAAAUCCUAUUUUUUUCUAUUAUUUUACCAUAAUAUGACAUAUAUAUUGUUGAAAAAGUUUCACUAACAACUGAACUCUACUCAGAAUCGUUUUUUCGUUAGAAAUAUUUUAUCGUUGCUUACAGGUAUAUAUUAAAUUACCUAUAACAGUAGCUGCACCCACUCAUAUUAUUCUAAGACGUCUUUUUUUAUUUAUGUAAUAUUUAUUAAAUAUUCUUAAAAAUUGUGUUUUAAUACAUUUUCGGGCAUAUAAAUUCACUUAGAGUAUUAUUAUUGUCCACUAAAAUUAAACUAAAUAUUCUUUUUCGUUUAAAUAUUUAACAUAUGUUUCGUAAUUUUUUUUUAAAUGUAUAUUUUCAUGAAUUUACUGUCUAUUAUUUCUGUAUGCAUUUAUUUAUUCAAAAAGUUUAAUUUAAUAUGUCAUCGGGUGUUGCACGUAUACCCCGAUAUACAAUCUGUUACAAUUCGAUUUAUUACUUCACAUCUCUAUUCAUAUAUAUAUAUGUAUUCAUUUAUAGUCGUCAUUAGCCCAGUCGAUUCGGUAUCAUUCACUAUUAAAUUUUCGUGAAAUUUAGGUACUUGGGAUCGCUGUUCGAUAGCGAUAAAGGCGGUCCGGUGCACUUACAAGAUUUCAAAGACAUAUGCGCCGCAAUGUCCUUAACGCCGGAAGGUAUCGACGCGUCGACGACGUUUUUAAUGAACAACAUUGCCAAGAUUCUAAAAACAAUGCUUUCCGGAGAGAGUAUCGUCACGUACAUGUACAGGGUUUUAGCUUCAAAAGUAGCCCUCGACAGUGAAAUAAAAAGAGUGAGUGCCAAUAAUGAAGACAAUAUUGCCUUAACCAAUAAAAUGAUUUUAAAAUUGUCGAACAUCCGUUGUAUUUCGAACGCCUAACAUGCUAACACCUCUUUUUGUGUUUCCAUUGAUUCUCCUCUUACACCCUCAAAACUGAUGAAAUCAAUAUUUCACAGUUUUUUCUUUUAUCCACUGGUUUUUUUUUCAGCUGUACGACUUGAAGAACGCGACCGGAUUACCGCCCACGGUGAAAGCGUCUUUCGAUGAAUCGUUUCUGAUUGUGGAACAAAACGUCCGUUGGUACAAUCUUCACCAUGCCACUAUCAACCAGUGGACGGGAGCGCCAAACGAUCCGCCGACCGAAGCACCGACGACAUUGAUGUCCACAAUUCCAACGACAUUGAUGACCACAGCCCCGACGACAGUGACGAGUCCAGCAUCAACGACUCUGAUGACGUCGCAGUCACCGGUAACUAACUCGACGAUGUUGCCGGUAACGAUCUCGACGGAUAUGCCGGUAACGAAUUCAACGGUUUUGCCGGUAACAAACUCGACGGAUAUGCCGGUAACUAACUCGUCGAUGUUGCCGGUAACGAUCUCGACGGAUAUGCCGGUAACGAAUUCAACGGAUAUACCGGUAACGAACUCACCGAUGUUGCCGGUAACGAACUCGACGGAUAUGCCGGUAACGAAUUCAACGGAUAUGCCGGUAACGAAUUCGACGGAUAUGCCGGUAACGAACUCACCGAUGUUGCCGGUAACGAACUCGACGGAUAUGCCUGUAACAAACUCGACGAAUAUGCCUGUAACAAACUCGACGAAUAUGCCUGUAACAAACUCGACGAAUAUGCCUGUAACAAACUCGACGAAUAUGCCGGUGACGAAUGUAACCGGUUACGGUCCAACCAAGUUUGAUUUUGACCACACGACGCCAGUCUCCAUGUCCAGGUGCCCGAAUAGCACUGGGGUACCGUUGUUUAGGGCCAGCUGGCCAGUGACCGUUGUCGUCACCGCCACGGCUUUAUUCGUCCUGAUCCUGUGAACGUGCGAACGUCGAAAUACCUUUUUAUAUUAUUAUUAUUUGUAUUAUUAUUGUUAAUUACCGUAAAUAUUAUUGUACACGAUUUAUCAUUCAUUGUGAUGUGCGCAGUGCUCGCGAU